GGAGACCGAGGAUGCACUGGGAGAGUCUAUUGCUGCUCUUGCUAUAUUACAAUGCGCACGCCACUGUGCCCCUGAGGUGGAACCGAGCAAUGCUGUUCCCAUCAGCUCAUCGAGUCAAGAGGUCCUCAGCUGCGCUCCUCAAUCCAGUACUUCAGAAGUCUCAAGAUGAUGUCGACCUUCUAUUUGAGUUACUUCUAGGGGAGCUGGAAAUCAACGAUGACCUGAAGAUCUCCAUCAAAGAUGAGGAACUGGCUUCCAUGAGGAAGGCAAAGGCAUUUGACACCGUGUGCAAUGAUGUGAUCCCCAAAAGUAUCACAGAUAUUCAGCGACUGCAUGCCAGGCUGUCAGGCUACCCGGGCAUGCUCAAGAGAGAGGAUUUCGAAAGGACAGUGUUGACUAUGGUCUAUACAGCAUAUCGGGCAGCUCAGUCCCAAGGACACCAGAGAGAAACCUGGGCAGAAACCUUUGUGACUCUCUACAAAGCCCUGAAGCAUGACUUGAUGUUGUCGUCCAGCCAAACACCAUCAUCUCAAAGGACUUGAUCGACCAGAAAUUCACUCUGAUAGGAAGCACAGCUGCCUUUUUGCUUUGUAAAAAGGAACAAAAUGCUUAAGACUGCAGACACAAAGCAUUUCUUUGUUCUCUAGCUCCUCCUAGAGGAUACCUGUUCUAAAUUUCUCUGUAUACAAUGACUAAUGGUACUAAUUCAGCCAGAGGUUCUUCUAAAUUUCUCUUCAUCUGAAUUUCUCCCUGAAAAUGGCCUGGCCUUAUUGUUGAAGGAGAGCCCCACUCUUCUGCUGUUGCUUAAUUUCCCAUUUUUGCAGAGAAUGCUGUGAGUACAGAGUUUAUCAGAGGAGAGGUGGACACAUUCUCCAAAAUUCUGAUGAACUUGUAAAACAACCAGUUUUCCAAGGUGUGUUUGUGUAUGUAUGUGUGGAGGGGUAGACAUAAAAACUGUACAUCUUUUUUUUCCCUGAGCUAGUCUAAGGACUCAUAAAAAUGUCUCCACCAAUCCCUGCCAGCCCAUUACCUCCAAAAUCCCUCUCUUCUGGGUCUUGACCAGCCUCACCCCACUCCCAACACACUCCACCUUCCAUUCUUUGCCAGACGGUUGUGAUGCGAGCAACAGUAAUGGGGAAAGGAAAUGGAAAGUUUUCCCCUUUCCUUCCUCCAUCCCUGUCAUCCUGUUGCAUCAAUACCAGCCCCCAGGACACAAAUCCUUGAAGAACAUCGGUGAUGGAGCUCUCCCAAGGACCCCCGCAGUUGCUUUGGAACAGCGUUGUGCAGAUAGCUUUGCAACAGAGUACAAAUGGCUUCUUGAAAUUUCCCAGCCGAUUUGUGCACAAAAAACUGGGAGAAUGUUUCACCGAUUUACUGCGCAAGGAGCAGAAAUUCUCCGACGGUUUCUCACCAGUAGGGCUGAAC